UUUUUUGUUAGAUAAUAUAUAACUUCCUUUUAAAUAUCUUAAAUAUUGAAAUAUUAGAAUUUUUAAAAAAUAUUUUAGCUAAGAAUUGAAUAAAAUGGAUAAGGUACAAAACCGUUUAAAGCAACUUAAUGAAAUUGAAAAGAAAAUUUCAAGUUUAUUAAAAGAAGGAGGUUUAGCUAUUGAAAUAAUUGUUAAGAAAUCUACAACAAAAGAAGAUGAAUCUUUAUUAAAAGAUGCGUUUCAAUCUCAUGUCAGAAAAUAUAUGGAGUUAUUGGAGGAUGUUUCUGUCCAACUUAGAAAUCAAGUAAAAGCAUUAGAAGAAGCCCGUGUUCCUAUUAAUACGAUUCCUAAACUACAAGACUUUGCUAAAGAAAAAAAUAUAGAGCACUGGAAAAAGGUAGAAAUGUUCUUGAAAAAAUUACAAGUCAAACAAAAAGAAUUAUGA